AGCGGUAAAUCAAAGUCUGGCAAGGCCUCCACAGAGGGCUCCAAAUCCCAAUCGCGCUCUGCAAAGGCUGGCCUUCAGUUUCCUGUUGGUCGUGUCCAUCGUCUGUUGAAGCGAGGUAACUACGCUCAGCGCGUCGGCGCUGGUGCACCUGUAUACCUUGCUGCCGUCCUCGAAUACCUUGCCGCUGAAAUCCUCGAGCUCGCCGGCAAUGCUGCUCGUGAUAACAAAAAGCAGCGUAUCGUGCCACGACACUUGCAACUCGCCAUCCGUAACGAUGAGGAGUUGAACAAGCUUCUUGGCGACGUCGUCAUUUCGCAGGGCGGUGUUGUACCAUUCAUCAACCCUGAGCUUCUUCCCAGCAAAACGCAGAAGGGAAAGAAAGAGAGCCAGGAG